AUGGCCGCUUACUACAGCCAUUUUUAUCCUCAAUAUCAAUCUGUGGGCCGUUUAGGCUUUGAACAGUCAAUCGAGGUAACAAAUGCAAAUAAAAUAGACUCAAAUUCAAAGUCGAGUCGACUGCAGGGAGAGGUGGAGGCUUUUCCUAAACCUGUGGUCAGCUCUCCACAAGUGGCUACUACUAACGGAGUUGUUUCACAGGCAGCUUGGCCUUGUGGUGAUUAUCAAUCACUCUAUUACCAGUAUUACCUGGCGGCUGCAUCGCAACUCUGGGCCACAGCAGCUGGAGCCGCAGGCGGGCCACUCGCUUUCGGUCAGCUUGAAGACAGGCGACAAGAGAAUCCGAUCGGACAGGCCGCACUUGGCAGCUCUCUGCGGACAGAAGCCGGGAUACGUAUUACGGAUCUGAGUAUACCUCAACUUUUUACGACACCUCAUAUCCGGGCCAGCCUGCUCCCUCCAGGGUUAUUGAUGCAAGUGUGUGAAUAUUCACUUAUACGGGCAAACAUUUUAUCCCAUCAGGAGAGUUAUUGUCUUUUGUUUAAGUGUUGA